AAUGGACGUGCGUCGGCUGUGGAAGCAGAAGCUGUUUACAAAUGGCGGCGAGAAUGGAUCGCUGACAUUUUUUACAGUGAUUGAGGAAAAUGGUUACAAAAAAUUAUACAUUAUGAGUAUUACUUAAUGCUGCUCACACAUAUUCUGUCAUACGGGAAAGAAUAAGUAACAAGUUUCCGAUGUCAAAAUGGCGGACAUCUACCUUCCGUUACCAGUUGACAGAAAGCAGAUGCAGGAAAAGAAAUUGGCAAAACUGCAGCAGGAAAUUGCUGAGAUGGAACAGAGAAUUCAGGAAAAUGUAGCUCUUCGUCAGCACCUUGAGAGUAUCAGUGAUGCUGAGAAUGAGAGAACACAACGCUUACUUGAUAGACUGAGCGGCCGCAAUAUGUUAUUAAAAGAUGAAAUAGAACGCUUAUAUGGCCACAGCAAAGACCCACAAGCCAGUCCUUCAACAGCACGCCUUGUUAAUGAAGUUAUCUCUCAGCGUACCAAAGAAUUCUCUCAGCUACAGCAAGAAAAGGCUAUGCAGAUCAAGUAUCUUAUGAUUGAAAAACAGCGACUCCAGGAAGCACAAGAAAGACUGCGUUUGAAAAGACAGAUGGUCAUGAGGCAGCCCACACCUAUUGGUAAGAUGACUGAGCGUUACUGGGGGCAAAAGUAUGAUAUAUACACCCCUCUUUCAUAUGACAGCUACUUUGACAUUUAUUCUCCAGUUUUUGAAAAUGGAUACUUCACAUAUUUUCCUCAAGAGCUCUUCAGUUUAAGAAGUAAAUAUCCAGAAGAAAACUUCUGGAAGAGAAGAGAAAGAAAGCACAAAGGAAAGAACCCACGAAGAGUCUUAUAUGUACCACGACCUCUACAUGAAUCUAGUAGCUGGUGUAAUUUGCACAUUCCCAACUCCUCAUCCUUCAGCUUUUGGCUUGGUGUAGGCUCUUCCAUCAUUACUAAUAGGUGUUUUGUCAUGCUUCACCCUGCAUUGAGUCUGCUUAGUCAGAUUUUCUGCUACAUUUCAGAUGGCAAAGAUGCUUCUCGACGCCCCAGUCUCAGCAGUGUUCACUCCACUUCAUCACUCGUUAAACGAGCAGUUAAUGCUAUGCCACAAACAGUAGAUCGUAUAAAGUAUCUCAAAGCAACCUUGCAACAUGACUACGAAAGAAGAAAGAAGCCAUACAAUGGAGAACUGGGAGUGAACUCCUACAAGCCAUGGCAGAUGGAAGACUAUGUUAUUGUUCGCAGUCUAGUUGAAGAGAUUAUCGAUGACUUUAUUGCUCAGUAUGUACCAUCUGCCUAUGGACAUGGUGAGAGAGACAUAAUACAGGCUGCUUACCUCUUAGAGGACAAGGACUGGGUCAUGACUGUACAGGCUUUGGAAGAGAAUAAAACAUUGCAGCUCAUCGCUGAAGAGAUAAUGUUGCAGGAAACCAGGGCUGUUAUGCGGCGUGUUGCAGCAGAAGUACUGCAUGUUCAUGGAACGUUCAAGAACAUGACAGAUGUGCUGUUCAUUGGAGAAGCAGAAAAAAUCAGUACAGGUCAUACUGCUGGUAGGAACCAAGAUGAUCCAGCCUACAGUCUCAUUACCAAGCACUACUUCAAGCAGCAGCAGAACCGCAAUAUACACAAGAAAGAUGUAUGGGCUCACUCUCAGGAUCUUCAUACACCUUCACAACUAAGUGGUCAGGAAAAUGGUGAAAAAGUUGAUGCUGACACAGAGGUUAUUACUUUCUUCCACUUGCACCCAUCCCAUUUGAAAAAGUUUGAAAAAGGACCAUUAGACCCACCUGAAGUCUGUCGUAAGAUGGAACGAGCUGCUAUUUAUAAAAGAAGGGAGGCGCAAUUUUGGAAAGGGAUGAGACCUGUAGUGUCCAAGCUGACCCUGCCAUCCAGGUGUCGUGGUGUACAAUGUGUGAAGCCAUCUCCAGACCACACUCUUAUUGCCAUAGGCACAGUGCAUGGAGAUAUAAUUGUGUAUGACGUGCGCUAUGAACCGUGGAAACCUACACGUGUUGUUCACAAUUCAGCCUCUGUUGAUGACAGCACAGUGGAUUUGGCAUGGAGCCUGGAUGCCACACGGCUCAUUUCUAUAAACCAAGGGGGAACCAUGCAAGUGUGGGGCUUUGCAGGGACUCAAGCUGACAGAAACACUAUCAGCGCUCUGGCUCUUCAAGCAGAUCAGCAUGGGAAUAUUCCCUUAGUCCUGCAGCUGCUGGGUUCACUAGAUGUAGACCAAGAUGACUUUACUUUUCAUAUUGGUCCCCUGAAAGAGCUGGGAUUAUUAAAGGCCAGCAACUUGCCAACAAAAGGAGUCUUCUUCCCAUCAUUAUCUAUAUUCGGCAUUCAGCAUUCAGUUUGUAUUGGACUAGACAGUGGCGAUCUUCUGAAGAUCAAUGUUGAACCCUUUUCUUCCUCAUCUGAUGUCAAAGCUCAUGGGGAGAGCUCAGACAAACCAUAUAUAUUUUACCAGCCAAACAUUUAUGAUGUGGGACAUGAUGUGAACUUGAUUGGUCAGAACUUAGAGGCAGAGAUGUUCAGACAUCAUGUUUCAACCCUCAUAUUCUUGGGCUUUAUAAACAACAUUAACCAAAUGGUUACUGUAGACAUGAAUGGUUCCAUAAAUAUCUGGAGAUAUGACCUGUCAAGGGCUACAGAGUUUGGCUAUUUUGUACCAGAGAAGAAAUACAAACUAGACUUGAGCAAAACAAUGUACAGCCCCUCCAGUUCUGAGAAGUCCAAAGCAAUUUUUUCUGACACAAAUAUUCCGGGAAGAAGCCAAGCAGAAAUUGCCUCAGAGAGGAAGACUGUUCAAAGUGCAUUAGACAGGAUGCAGCUUGGUGAUCCUUGGCAUGAAGAAGUCACUUUAACAAGAACCUCAAGAGGAGGCGUGAAGGAUACGGGAGCAGUGUUCAGCAUAGUUGUUCGCCACACGAAGACAAACCAAAUUUCCUCUUAUCAUACACAGAUGUACAAACCCGUCAAGGUUAGAAGUACCAAACUGUUGUCUGUGUGUCAAACUCCCUCUGGUCGGGAACUUGUCUUUGUUCUUCUCUUUCCAGAAUUUCCCCCAAAAGAACCACACAUUACUGUUCUUGUUCUUGACCUUUCAACUAUGCAACUGCGUGACCUUCGUUGUGACAUUCAUCUGAAUGCAACAGAUUAUGCCAGCCUUUUGCAGGAUGACACUUUUCAUGUGAUGUAUUCAUAUAUCUGGGAUAAGACAACUAGAGUACUGGGCCCAACAGGAGCAGAAUAUCUUUUCUUUAUAUUCAGUGGGCUAGUUCAGUGUAUUUCUUUGACAACAGGAAAUCGUGUCCUAAGAGCUGAAAACCCCUUAAAACCAUCAGGUUUCAUUGGGUCCACAAUUGAUGAAAGACAACUAAAAUUAUCUAAGAUGGCGAGAGUUUCAAGCAUAAGCUGUAAUGGUCACAUCUAUGCUCUAUUACACGAUAAGAGUUCAACCACCAUGAACAUCGUACAGCUGCAGGAUUCAAAUGAAGAAGAAGUUUGUCAACUGAUGUGGAAAUCUUAUCAGCUUUCGGGGCACUAUCGACAAGUUCCUCCAGAAUUGCGUGUGGACAGGGUUACAUGGGUGUUAAGUGACAUGCAGUAUGCUGACGUUGAAAUGCGCCAUCUUCUGCUGGACCUUGUUGAUGAGAAAAUCUUCAAAGUGCAGCCAGGCCUUGACAAAGAGGCUGAUGCUGCUCAAAACCUUAGAGACAAGACUGAGCAGUACACAGUUAUGCAAGCUAAGGUUGACAAGAUGGCAUUGCUUGAUCUGUAGAGGAUAUCCAGUUCAGAUUUGUUGCCAGCAAAACCAGCUGCAAGCUGGAGAUUUUAGUCUCUUGGCUGAAGAAGUUGUCUUUAUGAGACUA